AUAUGUAUAUUUAAUCAAUGGUUGAACUUUAUCCUGCUUUAAGAAAAACCUAUGGGUUAUUUCUUAAUUGAGAUUGAAUUCUUGACUUUAUACUCUGGAAAGGAACAAUUGUUAUUUUUCAAGUUUGAUUUAUUUACAGCGAAGUUCAACUACUACAUUAGAAAUAACUACAUAGCAAUUUUCAAACUGCUACCUUUAGUAUUUCAACCGCUGUUUACAAAAUUGGAUAAAAAACGUAAAAGAGACACUACUAAAUUAACAUAUAGACCAUCAAAUGCUAAACAAGCCGUUUCAUUUGUAACAUUUAUACCUGAUGUCUGCAAAUUAAAAUCUGUAAAUGAACAAAAAAUACAGAAGGCUAUUGAAUUUGGUACUAUAUUACAACUAUAUAUUGUAGUUAACAAUACUGAUUUUUACACCGUGGUUCCCAAAGUGGUCUAUAUCGUCCUAACCCCCCUGAGGAUCGAUUUGGAUCUGUAAGGGGUCUAUGUCAACAAAAAAAAAAAAAUUGGGGGUGCAUCAUGUGUAAAUAGGUUCACGAGAGUCAAAAAUGUGUGUAAUAAUUUUUACGAAAAAUAUGUGUGCUAGAAGAACUUACAAGAAGAACUGAUCGGAAUAAGUAUUAACGAUGAACUUAAAGUACAAUUUAGAAAUGGGUAUCAGUAGUUCUGGCUUCAGAGAGACAUACCUGUUACUUUACCUGCUUUAUGAAGAAUCGCAAGAAAGUUUUUGAUUGAUUUUCCAUCGUCAUACUGCAUGGAAAAAGGUUUCAGCACAGUUGUCAUUCUUCUUACAAAAAAAAGAAAUAGAUUGGAAAUUACUAAUAGAGGAGAUUCGAGGUUAAACCUGACUAAUUUGAAGCCAUAUAUUGAAAAUUUACUAUCAAAGCAUCAGGUUUAUCCUUCCCAUUAAAGAUUAAAGAUUAAAAAAAAAUGUUUUACAUCCAACCUUGAUUUUAAUAUUUUCCUUAUUAAAGAAAUAAAGAUAUUAUUAAAAAUAACAGGUUUUUUAUUUAAAAAAAAAUGCAUUCCAUAAUAAAGCCUAUUCAGGUGAGCAGUUCCGUGUAAGUUAUGAAAAACACUUAGAUGAGUUUGUAAGCAUUACAUUUUAAAGAGUUUACGAAAAUUGAAAAAAUUGGCAUGUGGUCUAUAGGGAAAAAAAGUU